AACGGCGCACUCCCGCCAUUUUUUCUCUGAAACAGCGUAAGUGCGGUUCGUGAAUGGGCUGAACUGUAGUUCCCGAACGUAACCUCUACGCAGGAUUUUUUUGGUACCGAGCGGAGAGGAGAUGCACACGGCACUCGAGUGAGGGGACCAAUAACGAGGACACAAUGCGAGUGCACGUACACACCAAAUUCUGCUUCCUGUGCGUUCUCACCUUCAUCUUCCAUCACUGCAACCAUUGCCACGCGGACGGACAUGACCACCCAACCGUCAGACAUCAGCACAACGACCGGCAGAUCUCUGAGGCUCCGUAUGUCCGAGCCACCAGCGAGUCUGACGCUGAAGAAGGGGGACCUCUAGAGGAAGAGCAGCGUUUCUAUAUCCAGAAGCUGUUCAGGCGCUACGGACAGAAAGACCGCUUGGACUUCCAAGGCUUCCAGAGUCUCCUGAUAAGUCUGGGUUUAGGGGAAGUGAAGUUGGUAGGUGUGGAUCAUGAGGAUCUGGGUCAUGACCAUGUAGCCCACCUUGACCUACUGGACGUUCAGGAAGGGCUUCACUCACACACAUCCUCUAGCGACGACCACAAUCAUGACCACCACAAUCAUGAUCAUCACAGUCAUGACCAUCAUGACCACAGUCAUGACCAUCAUGACCACAAGCCCCGUCCUCCACAAACAGAACAGGUUCCCACACGAUGCAGCCACACCACUGCUUCCAGUCCGCCUACUGGUGAGCCGAGUGGGAACCAGGAACAGUCUGAUCAUGAUAGGCGUGAUUACAGCCGUGAUGAGGACCACCCACACCAGCAAACAGAGGUACAGACCAGCCGCAAACAUCUGACCUCUGUGCAUCAUGGCCACAGAAACCACAGACACGACCGACACAAUCUCACCGACGGACAGCUGGAGCCGCCGGUCGGUCCGACGCAAAAUCCUCCCAGGAGGACCAGGAGGCCGGGAAAGGUCAGAGGCCAGCGGAGGCCCAACAAGUCACCCACACCUGAAACAACCCAAUCUGGUGGUCAUGACCACCCUCAUAAAGACAAGAGAGAGGCUCCGGGUGUGGCUGCUGUGGUUCCAGGUUCACCAGGGAUUACAGAACAUCCAGGUGGAAUGACGCACCAGCAUGAGGAGUGUCUGAACCUGACUCAGCUCCUCACCUACUACGGCCUGCAUCCCGACUCGGUCAUCUCCCCCAGCGAGUUCACCUACCUGUGCCCCGCCCUGCUCUACCAGAUAGACAGCCGCGUCUGCAUCCGCCAUUACCACCAGAUGGAGGUGGAGCAGGAAGCCCUGGAGCCCAUCAGUUCUGUGUGGGUGUGGAUCUGGGGCUUCGUCUCCAUCACCAUCAUCAGCCUGCUGUCCCUUCUGGGGGUCGUUCUCGUCCCCAUCCUCAAGCAGUCCUGCUUCAAGUUCCUGCUCACCUUCCUGGUGGCGCUAGCGGUGGGAACGCUGAGCGGAGACGCUCUCCUUCACCUGCUGCCUCACUCUCAGGGUCAUCACGACCACAGCCAGCAAGACGCCGACGCCGACGUCGAUCUGCUCACGGCCUUCGACGGUGUGUGGAAGGGCUUGACUGCGCUGGCCGGCAUCUACCUCCUCUUCAUCAUCGAGCAUUGCAUCGGCAUGUUCAAGCACUACAGAGACCAGAGGGAGCUGAGGAGGCAGCACCAGGAGAGGAACAUCGGCAGGAAGCUGUCGGACCAUCAGCUGAGCCGCCGCUCCGACGCAGAAUGGCUGAACCUGAAACCACUGGCAGAAGACCCGGAGAGCUCCGCCGUUUCCUGCGACAACGCGCACAACGACACGCAGCUCAGCGACCUGCAGCCGCCCGACUCCCCCACCACCAAAACGCCGCUGGCGCCCGGCACGGACGGAGGCCGCAAGGCCCGCAAGCACGGACACGGACACGGACACGGACACGGACACGGAGGGAACUGCCACUCGGACCAGGAGAUGAAGGACGCCGGCAUCGCCAGCAUCGCCUGGAUGGUCAUCAUGGGAGACGGGAUGCACAACUUCAGCGACGGCCUGGCGAUCGGCGCGGCGUUCAGCUCCAACAUAACGGGAGGCAUCAGCACGUCUGUGGCCGUCUUCUGCCAUGAACUACCUCAUGAACUCGGGGACUUUGCGGUCCUGCUGAAGGCCGGCAUGUCGGUGAAGCAGGCCAUCGUCUACAACCUGCUGUCCGCCCUCAUGGCGUACGUCGGCAUGCUGAUCGGCACCGCCGUGGGCCAGUACACACACAGCCUCACCAACUGGAUCUUCGCCAUCACCGCCGGCAUGUUCCUCUAUGUGGCGCUGGUGGACAUGCUGCCGGAGAUGCUGCACGGCGACAGCGAGGAGCACAAGCGCUGCCACCUGGGCCACUUCAUCCUGCAGAACGUCGGCCUGCUGACCGGAUUCGCCAUCAUGCUGCUAAUCGCCAUCUUUGAGGAACGCAUCGUCUUCGACUUCGGCUUCUAGCGGCCGGACGCGCCUGCGUCUGUCCUGCAUGCGCUCCGUUCGUCUGCGUGUCGCGUCGUGCUGCUAGCGAUGUUUAUGAAGCACAACGUCCAUCUGUGUCGUCGUCUUGUCCUUCGUCGAGUCCCACCUGCUGAUGUCAUCAUGCUGCGUCCUGAUGGGAACAGAAGCAUUCCUCCGCACAAUAUGUCGUGUUUUUACGUUGUCUGGGUUCGUAGGGAACCUGGAUCGGUAGAGUAGCUGCCAAACAGGGCUGGGUGAUAAAUUCAACUCACGGUUUCUUGGUUAAUGAAGAGUUUGUUUUUUUUAAAUCGGGAUUUUUUUUCACCAAUCCAUCCUUUGUUUUCAGAGCUCAGCGGCCAUUUUGUUCACAGCUUCUGUUUAUCUGGACUUUAUUUAGAAUUUAGUGAUGAAAUAUAACGGCCAGACUACAAUUUUAGUUUUAAAUUAUGAGAACAAAUAUAGUUGAAAUAAUACAAUAAAGACGCAAGAAUAAAGUUGCAAAAUUACCAGAAUAAAUUUGUGAUAUUAGGAAAAUAAAGUCAUAGUUUUAUGAGAACUCCAAUUUGAGAAAUAAUCAAACAUAAACUUUGCUGCAUCAUGCAUCUUGUGAAGUUAUACUUUUGUAUCAGUAAAAGAAACUAUUUUUUAACUCAUCAGCAUCAAAUUAUUAUCAGUAGCAGGAUUUUGAAACAAUUGUGCAAAUAAAGGACAAAAUGAACCGAACUUGAUAAUAUUAAAACCUUUUUUCUUGAAAUUUUAUGAAUCUUUUCUGGUAAAAUUGCGUCUUUAUCUUCUAUUAUGACUUUAUUCUCAAAGAAAAAAUCCACUUUUUGAAAAUAUUUUUCUCUGUCCUUUAGAAAAGAAAGCGAGCCAAAAAAAAUCUGUUAAACUCAGCCUUAUGUACCAGACUUUGAAGGAAAUAGUGACUUUUAUUUUGGCGUUGUGUCGCCCAGCCCUGCUGCCAGAGCCUGUUAGCUUUAGCAUGUCCAGCUGUCCGCCAUGUUUCUGAAAGGAUUCAAUGAUCUGGAGCCAAACUGCAAUGACCUCCACGUCACAUUCAUAUUUUAAUGAGAGCUAUGGAGCUACAUAAGAGCCUUAAAGUUUGCACAAAAAAAAAUAAAAAAUACGUUUUGAAACCAAAAAAGUAUAUUUUAAAUGAAAAAAAUUAAAACUAAAAAUAGAUUUAAAACUGAAAAAAUAAUUUUGAAACAACAAAGAUUAGAAGCUAAAACAAUCAAAUUGAAAAGAAUUUAUACUAAAAAUUAUUUUGAAACUGAAAAAUAAUUUAAACUAGAGAACAAUUUUGAAAUUGGAAAAUAAAGGUUUACUUCUCAGAUGAAACGUUUUUUUUAUUUUUUGUUUUUCAGCUAAAAUAAGUAAAAUUUUAGUCAAACUUUAUGGCACCAAUUUAUCUCCAUAGAGAACCAACCUGAAGCUCUGAACUUGUCUCUGCUGCAGUUUAUUUAUGGUUCCAAUCUAUGCAGAUUUUCUGCGUUUCUGUUGGACGCUGAAGCCGCCAAGAAACGUUUUGGUCAUUCCAGGCUCUUUUGUUGGAGAGCUUCGCCGGCCGGCGCCACCAUCUUCAUCACAUUCCACUAGCGCAUAAGCUAACGCGGCGUUCAUGACCGUAUCCUGUCACUGUGUGACAUCACCGUCUGGUCCCACCCGGCGGCGAAUCAUCCUCAUGCUGUUUGAAUCAUGGAGCCUGAGACGCUAACGAGGUCCGACUGGACUCAUCAUGUGAAGGAAUUUUUUAAUUUCAUCAGACGUUCAUGUAGUUUCAGCAACGGCCUUUUCAUCCCUUCAUCAUUUUUUAUUUUUUUUUUAAGUUAUGAAUUUAUAGUGGCUCUCAAAUCAACACAACUAAUUUAAAAUAUCAGAUUAAUUAUUUUUAUGUGACUAAUCUGCACAAUUCAACUAAAAAAACAGAAAAACAUCAUACACACAAGUGAACACGGUGGUGGCAGCAUCAUGCUGUGUUGUUGCUUUUCUACAGAUGGAGCUGGAAAUUAAAACCCAGAGGGAGUUUGUUUCUCACACUCCUCACGAUAAACAUAAAGGGGAUUUAAAAAGAGGAAACUUUAUUUUUUCAAGAUAGUUCUGGAUAAAAACUCAAAAAAUUUUGAAAAUUUUAGGUAAAUUUGACCAAGACAAAAAGACACAGAAUUAAAAUAUUAUUUCAGUUUAAGGCUGUGAAUUCUCAUUUUUACAUCAGAGUGUAAAAAAAGGGUGUGUAAACGUUUGAAAGCCACUGUAAAGCUGAAUGAAAAUAUGUACCAGACUUUGCUUUACGGAAGCCCAUUGCUGCCAUAAAAAACAUAAAUGCCCAAUAAUGAGUUUUAAAGUCAUAAAAACGAGAAUAAGUCAAAAUUACGACUUUCUUUCAAAAUUGGUUCAGAAAGUUGAAAGUAUGACUUUCAAAGUUGAAAUUAACUUUUUAUCUCAAAAUGUUGACUUAAAAUCUCCAAAUUGACUUUCAAAGUCAGAAUUAUGACUUUUUUUCCCCAAACUGGGUUUAAAUCUCAAAAAUCAUGACUUUGACUGUUGAAAUUCAGAAUUUUUAUAUCAAACUUAUGACCUCCUGUUGGGCUUUUAUUUUUGUCAUUCAUGACAGAAAUGGCCUUCCAUAAGAAAUACAUUAAAAUAGGUAAACAGCCACAGUCUGGGUUAAAUACUUGGGCCAAAGUGGAGGUAAGAAGGAGCGACUGAAGUGACUGUGAAUUAGUGAACCGACCCGGAUCCGUUCCAGCAGAACCUGAAUGUUUUUACUGUAAUCUGGAAUCGAUUCAUUUCGUCUCGUUCUGUUGGACAAACAUGAACUCCGCUCCAGGGAUUCCUGCUGCUGAUUGGCCGUAAGAAGAAAACGCUCUGAUCAUCAUCAUUAUUAUUUUUAUUAUGUGUAUGUAUAUUUGUUUUUGUAAAGUAUAAAAUGUAACAUGUCGCUGUUAGCUUGUUGGUGCGUUUUCCUGAAGAAGAAUAAAGAGAAAGGAUGAUGCUGAA